UUGUUUCCCAGCAGCAAAUUGUCGUCGUGGUUUAUUUUUCUUUGUUUCACAGCAGCAAAUGGUCGUCGUGGUACUUUUCUCCUCAUUUUGCUUUUUUUCGCAGCUAGGGCAACUGCAUUUCCUGGACAUUAUCUAUGUUACAUUAGUGAUUCACUUGUGAUUUGGGUAGAUGAUACAACAAAAUUAGACCAUGAAUGCUGAAAUGUCA